AUUAUGCUUCCUUUGAAAAACCUUCAACGAGCUUGCUGCCACCAUCAACUUGUUCGAGAUACUUUUGUAGAUGUCCAGAAAAGCAAUAUAUCAAUGUCUGCAUUGCUUAAUCAUUUACUUCAGAAGUCACUUUAUGAAUGUGAGGAGGCUCACAGAGCUGCACUUUGUGCUAUGAAUGGUUUGGCUGGAAUUUAUUCAUUGCGAGAAGAUUAUGAGAGUGCUUGCAAAAUGUAUAAAAAAAUAUUAGCAUCUAUUGAAGAAUAUAGUGCAAAUGUUAGAACUGAUCCACUUCAGCACAUCCAUGUAUUGUAUAAUUUUAGUAAUUUAAUUUUAUCUCUUGAAAAGGAAGUAGUGGCUAAUACUCCUGGACUUCUCGAAAUCCUUCAGAAUGUAGACUGUGAAGAAAUGAAAUCCAAAUAUAACCUUCUUUGUGAGAACUAUGUGCGUAGACAUCGAGAGGGACUUCGUAAUUAUUGGGACCAUAAUUCUCAUGUAAGAUGUGAUGUUGAGGUAACUUUCCCGUUAUUCAAAAAUGAAAAAAAAGGAUUUACUGAAUCAAGUUGGUGGUAUGAAAUUUUUCAAAGGUUAACUGAGAAAGAUAGGCAAACCUUUAUAGAGAAAGUAAAGGAUAUGUUAAUAGAUGAUGCUCAAAAUGUCCAUGUGAAAGAAUUACCAUCAGUUGCUCACAGGUUCUCUGAAGUGUCUGGAUUUAUAGUAACAUUACUGCGGCUGUCUGAAGAAUUAUACCGCACUCGAACUGAAGCAUCCAAUAUUGUAUAUUUGUGUGUAAAUAAAAUGAAUCCAGAUUAUGUAAACAUAGCGAAAAAUUGUCAUUUGAGACCACUUGGAGGUGUCAAAAAAAAAUGUUUAUUAUGUCAAGCUGACACAGUUCUGAAGCAAUACGAAAGCAAACUUUAUCGUGUUGAAGAAGCUAGUAGCAGCAGAAGCAGGAGAAGUGAAACAAUAGCAGAACUGGAAUCAAGUGUUUCCUUCAAAACACUUCGUCAAGGAAAUCAUGCUGACAGUGAAUUUGAACUAAUUUUAAAAUUCUUCAUGAGUUAUUGCCGCCCUUUCAAAGAAGCCAAGCAUCGUAUUGAAGAUGGUGUGAAGGAACUUAAAUUGCUUGAAGCUAUGAAGAAAGAAUUUAAGGUCCUGCAAACUGCAUGGAUUAAGGCUAGUGAAUAUAUGGCUGCCAUUGAUGAACUAGAAAUGGCAAAAAUGUCCAUGAAAACACUACAACAAACAGAGCCUAUGGCCAAGUCUCCUGUUUCUAAACUAAUUCCAACUGGAAUGGGUAAUGAUAAUGAUGAGAUGCAGUUCAAGUCAGAUGUUAGCAUUUUUGAGAAUAUCCUGAGAAAGAAACUUGGCCAAUUAUAUUAUUUACAAAACUUGAAAAGAGCUGAAGGCCAUGAAGUGCAUCCUUUUGAUCAAACUUGUCCUGUUUGUGUAACGAAACUGACGGACACUUGGUGUGUUCUCCAUUGUGGUCAUUGCUUUUGUCUGCCUUGUGUUCAGAUGGUUGGUAAAUAUGCUGAAGCACAUGCAAAGGAUUUAAGUUGUCCUGUUUGCCGGAGCCUAACUCCUCGGUCAGAGAUCUAUUCCGUUGAUCGUCAAGCAGUAAAAGAUGAUGACGAAACAGAAAUAAAAGGAAGAUAUUCCUCAAAAAUACAUGGUGUGCUAAAGUGUUUGCUUGAAAUCAGGAAAAAGAAUUCUAAAGCAAAAACUAUAGUGUUUUCAUCUUGGAAGGAUUUUUUAUUUCUUUUAGAAAUGGCACUGCGUGAAAAUAAUAUCAAGUGUGUGUCCUUGUGCAACAGGACACCAAAUACAUUUGAGAAUUAUUUGCCAAGGUUUAAAUCUUCAUUAGAAGAAAAUGUGCUUUUGUUGCCUUUAAAAGUUGGUGCAAAUGGUAUGAAUAUCACUGAGGCGACUAAUGUGAUAAUAAUUGAGCCAGUGUUAGACUACUCUCAGAUUCGCCAAGCAAUUGGACGUGUAUACCGAAUGGGUCAAACAGAGAGAACAUUUGUGUAUAUGUUUUAUGUUGCUGAUACAGUUGAAGAAAGUAUUUUCAACAUGAAUUCUUCAUUCUGUGUUGAAAAUGAGAUGCUUGAGACUGUGAACGAUUUGAAAAAACUAUUUGAGUAAUGGAUAUUUUUAUAUUUGUGAUAAUUAAAUAUCUGAGUGUUGUAAAUCAUCUCCCAUUACAUUCAUAUCUUGUUCAUAUCUUGUACAGUGCAUUGUGUGUUAAAUUCAUAUAGAUUUUAGUGCAUUUUAAUGCAGAACAGAUAAACUGAAGCAGUGAUAGGCCUUUAGCUAUGAACUAAAGUCAUCUCUGUUUAAUGAAACUCUUCUGUUUCAAUUAAUGAUUUCUUUUAUGAUAAGAAAAAAUUAUCAAGUCUUGUUUGUGGAAGAUCCUGUAAUCAAAUAGUAAAGAUUUUAUAUGUAUUUAACAUUUAUAUAUGUUCUAUUUCUGAAGUACAGUUAUUCAACAAAAAUAUAGCACAAAAGCCGAAAUCCGAACGUACAAUAUCCAAACCACCAUUUUUUUUAAAUCAAGUUUUAAAUGAGGAAUAUAAUACUAAAAAAAAAAGUCCGUGAAAGCAAUUUUUCUGUGGACGAACUGAACUUUCAUGCAUUUGCUGGCUAGGGAAUAACAGUAUGACCAAUAACAAUACAUUGAUUGACAUUACCUACAACCACUUUUUUGGCACUUGAGUGGUUGUGGAGUGGGGAGUUACUUCCUUUAAUCUGGUCUAAACAAUAAAUGAAGCUCUAAGAGGUAUUUGUUUGAGGAGUGAUGUUGCUCAUACCUUUUUUUUUUUUUUUUUUCUUGUUUGUUCCUCAUACUUUUUUAUUGUUGGUUUUUGUACCUUUUUUUGAAAGAAUUAGAUUCCAAAGAACUUAAUUUCAGUUAACUUAGCAAAUUGUGCUCUUUGUUAAUUUUCUAAUUUUCUUCAUUAUUUCAUAAAUAACUGAUGUUUGAUAUUUUUAAUGUUAUAAUUUCUACAUGUCAUUAUUAGAUUUAAAUUGAUUAUCUAAAAUCUGGACCCUCUAAAUUCCUGACGAUUCCGGAUCUCGGGCUUUGUUCUGUACUAAAAUUCAAGUGUUUAAAAAUGAAAGCUGAAGGAUUUAAAACUGAAAAAUUGUUUUUUGUAUUUUUCUAAAAUUAAGAUAGUAUAAUUUUGAAACUGAACUGUUAGUGCAGAGAACUGUUAGCAUUUCCCAAACUUGUUGCAUGGUUGCCUUUGUUUAUUUUAAAUAUUUCUUUUUAAAUGUAUAAAAUGUAUAGUAUUUCUAGCUCAGUAAGUUUUUUGUCAGUAUCUGAAGAUUUAUAAAUUGUUUAUGUAAAAAUUCUUUAUUGUUACCAAUGUGUAAUGAAGUAAUAAAUUAAAGAAUGUUACACAUUUGUAAAUCACAAAAGAAUGUCACUGAAUUACAUUAAAAGAUUGAAAAAAUCAACAUGAAAUCAUUGUAAUUUAUUUUUCAACUCACUUUCAGGAAAGGCUGUUAACAAUCCCAAAUUUUAAAAUCUUAAUGAUAAAUAUCUAAAUGAAUUUUUGUCAUAAAAGAGUAAAACUUUUUUUUUUUAAAAAAAAAAAAGAAGGAAUAUAAUUUUUUACUAAUUAUGACUGUAGAGACUAUGGGACCAUAUAAAAAGGUAGCUUUUAUAACACUCUGCAACAUUAGCAGCUGUGAAAAUAAAAACUGCAUAAGAAAAUUUUUGUCCUUGCCCAUCAAGCUUAUCCUCAUGUUUUAAUUAGUGCAAAGUUUAAGCCAGUUGCAUUCUUUUGCUUACACAUUCACCAAACAUGGAAACUUAUUAUAUAGCCACCAUAUUUCCAGUUUGAAAAUCCUAAAUGUGAACCUUUUUUUAAGCAUUCAGAUGUUUGUUGUGAUGGGCGAUUCCUCUCUGACCAUUCUGAACACAUUUUUUUUUUUUUUUCUCUCUCUGUUUAAGUGUGUGCGUGACGUGCUGUAUUUUUACUGUUAAUUGAAUCAAAAAUUAUGGUUAGACAUUUUCUUUAAGGAUGGCUGAAUGUAGUGAAUCAUUUUUUUGUAUUAAAAGUUAAUGAAAAUAUUUCAUAAAACUACUUUUAAAUAUUCAUAAAGUACAUGCAAAACCUACACGAAUUUCAUGUUUUAGCUUGAGUUCUAUGCUCAUAGAUUAAUGAAUAAAUCCAUUGAAUUCCAAAGUCCUGAAACAUUUAAAUUACCAAACUACAAAAACUUUAAACUUUGAAUGUUUGGAAAAUAAAGUUGCCAUUAUCAGCCGCCUUUUUUGAAAAUCUAUGAAUCUGUGGUUAUCUGACAUGAAUAUAUGUAAUUUGGAAUUUAUAUGCCACUGAUGUGCAGUCAUCAUUCUUACUCUUGCUUUCCUUCAGUUCACAUAAGGGAUACUUAAACUGUAAUGUAGAGCUUUCUCUCUUUUUUUCUUGUUUAUAAAGCUUUUAAAUUCUAAGUAAGCAAUCAAGAUGCUUUUAUUGGGAUAUUUUGAGUGAAAGAGUUUCAAUUAUUUGUGAGUACAUUCAUGAAAUUUCAUACGUAUGCUGCAGAGAUUUAUUUCAAAUAAAAUAUAAACCUUUAUAUACAAACGGUUAAAAAGUUUUUUUCUCAGAUGCAUAAAAGAGACAAAUAAUUUAAUUAAAUAAUAUAAAUGCUAUGUAAUUUGUAAAAAAAUAGUUUCAUUUUAUUUCUUACCUCUCUAUAUAAGCAUAUGCAUUUAAAUAGACCAUACUGGGGUGUUAUUCUUUCAACAUUUAAAAAUUUUUAAAAUACGGUGUUGAAGUAUUUAUACAUUAAAAGUGUAUUACAUAUUUUGUUUUGGUGAAAAACAUGUUUAUUCAUGAGUGUGAAUGUCUACAUGUUGUACUCUUUGUACCACUUUUCUUAAUUAAUGUAUAAUAAUUUCAAAAAUAUUGAGUAAAUGUGAUUACAAAUUUAUGUUGUUAUGUUUUAACAGUAAACACUUGCUAAAUUGAUUAACUCUGUUUAUAAUGUGUAUAUGAAAGAUUUAAUGUUUUAUUUUAGCUUGUGCCCUCUUCUCAAGUUGUCUCUGUAUAUAUGUGCAUCUUUUUGAAUAAAUAAAAUGUACAAAAAUUUUGUAUAUUGAACUAUCAAAGUAAAGUUUUACCUUUCCCA